CUGCCUCUCCCUCCAGAGGAAUCUCCAACCUUUGGGAACCUCUGGGAGUCCCCCCUCCAACCUGGUCAGUAGGCCAGCCUUCAAAGGGGUAAGGAAAAGCUUCCCAGUGGGUGAAAGGAAGACCGAAAGAGGCCAGCCAUGUCGAACCUAACGUACAAUAAAAUGUGGCACCAGACCCAAGAAGCCCUCAAUUCUCUGCUUGACAAAGAGUCUCAGAAGAAGACCGAACCCCAGAGAAACAAGGUCAUAGUCUUCCAGAUGUUAGCCACCUUUUACAUAAAGUAUGUGCAGAUCUUCAGAAACAUGGAGAAUGUCUACGACCAGAUAGUUCAUCCACAGAAGCGCAUGCUCAUCCGCAAGAUCCUGAGUGGAGUGAUGGGUCGCAUUCUGGAACUGAAGAACGAGAUGGUCGAGCUGGAGAUGACGGAGUUCCAUUAUUUCGACGACAUCCUACAAGACCUGAAGUUGGCUCCUCAACAGUUGGAUGUCCCCAUACCCAGGUUUUUUUUGAAGGAGAGGUUGGAAGCCAUAAAAGGAAGAGAGAAGAUCCUUGCUCAGAUCUUAAACGAAUAUGGAUUGAACCUUUCAGGAAUGAAUUACGCUGUAAAGAGCAUAGCACUGGAAGAGGCAGUUAAACUGAUCCAGAUAGCAGAGCGGGCAAGGCAGGGCCGCCUCCGGGCGCUGUUCAUGAAGCAGAUCUUUCUUCAGGAGUGCAGAGCCAAGGAAAUGAAGCUGCUGAGCCAGAAGCCAUCAGACACUGGCAUUGCGGCGCUCCAGAUUCAGAAAGUUUGGCGAAGUUUCCACCAAAACAAGAAAACAGUGAAGGAGAGGGAAGAGGAGAUGGUAUUCCUGGGUAUGAAGCCACCCCCUCGCUCCAACGAGGUCAGCACUGCCAUCAUCCAGUCUGAACAUCUGAGGCGCCUGCGGAACGAGGUGCAGCUGAAACAUGAGAAGAGAUACAAGGAGGCCUUGGUGAACAUCAAGGAGGACCUGAAGGUGAUGGAAGGCCCAGACAUCAAGGAUCACCUUCAAGACCAGAUCCGGCGCUGGUUCAUCGAAUGCAGGAAUUUAACGGGUGCAUUUCCAGUCUACCCCAAUGAGGAAGAAGGGGGAUCAGCUAUCGUUUUUUCCGACAAGACCCCGGAACAGGUUAUUGAGGAUAUCCUAGCCAAGCAAGAGGAAGAAGAAAAACUCAAAAAGAAAAAGAAAAAAGAAGAAAAGGAGAGUAAGCCCAAAGAAGGCAAAAAGGAGAAGGAGAAGAAAGGCAACCUGAAAGAAAAGCUUGUGAAGGAAGAAGAUGAGGAAUGGAAAAUGUCACCAAGUCUUUUCCUUCAGUUGAUGGAGGAAGAAAAUUGCUUAUACAGAGACAUGUGGAUGAAUAAGGAUGAAUCUUGGAAUUUCCCUCAGGACUAUGACCCAGAAUUGAUCAAGGAGAAAAAACGGAAGGAAUUAGAGAUGGAGAUAAGGGUUCAGGUUGACGAGUUGAUGAGACAAGAGCUGAAAAACCUUAAGCUAGUUGUGAACAGACAGAUAGAACUGCCAUCCCAGGAAAAGAAAGGGAAGAAGCAAACUAAAGGGAAGAAAGGCAGGAGAGGGAAACGGGGAAAGGAUAAAGACCUGACGGCUAACAGGACCAUUGAGUCCCUGUACAAGGAGCUGGUUGAAGAAGGCUUGCUGAUCCAGGCCCUGAAGGUCAACCUCUCUGACUACAUUGGUGAGUACAGCUACCUGGGGACGACGCUGCGCCAGGUAGCCAUAGAGCCCAUGCCCUCCCUCCUAGAUGUCAAACAGCUCAUCACACUGUAUGGAAUCUUGCCUUUGGGGUCCGCAGAAGUGCAUGAGAAAGCUCCCUUGGUGAAGUCGCUGCUGUUGGCUGGUCCCUCAGGGGUAGGGAAGAAAAUGCUGGUCCACGCCAUCUGCACGGAAACAGGGGCUAACCUCUUCAACCUGUCUGCCUCAAACAUCGCCGGCAAGUACCCUGGCAAAAAUGGCAUGCAGAUGAUGCUCCACUUGGUGUUCAAGGUGGCCCGCCAGCUUCAGCCUUCUGUGGUAUGGAUCCAAGACACGGAGAAAACCUUCUACAAAAAAGUCCCGCAUGCUGAGAAGCGGAAUGAACCAAAACGCCUGAAAAAACACCUCCCCAAAUUUCUGAAGCUCCUGAAACCAGACGACAGGAUCCUGAUCGUGGGGACCACACAGCGCCCUUUUGAUGCUGAGCUUCAGUCCUUCUGCAGAGUAUACCAAAAGAUCAUUCUGGUUCCCAGACCCGACUAUGGUUCCAGAUAUGUUCUGUGGAAACAAAUCAUUCUUCGCAACGGAGGUGUACUCACCAAUGCCUUGAACAUCAGUUGCCUGUCCAAAGUCACUGACGGCUUCACACAAGGGCAGAUCGUCAAAGUAGUCAAAGAGGUGCUCACCGACCACAGAGUCCGGCGGCAGCCUAACAAACCGCUCACAGCCGUGGAAUUCAUCGCCAUGAUGACCAGCAUGAACCCCGUCUACAAAGAGGAAGAAGAGAGCUUUAAGAACUGGUAUGCCAAAACCCCUCUGGGGAAAAAGCGAAUAUUGUCACUAACAGUUGGUGGCGGCAAAGAAAAGGAGGAGAAAGGGAAAAAGAAAGGAAAAAUAGCGAAAAAGAAGUAACUUCCUCCUCAGGAGCCACCUUGAGCGUCUUUGAGAUGGUGAUGGCCCCACCUCAUCGGGGAAAGGCUCACCCCUGCUCUCUUGGGGAAGCCUAUGAAGAAGCUAAGAGGCAAGCAGCCGCUCCCAGGCCCUGCACACUAACCAGUUUGCUCAGUUAUCCUUUAGGAGGCUGGACACCAAGUGAGAUGCCCUUUACAGCCAUUCCUACUGCUUGCCACUGUCCCUUAAUUCAUGCAGUCUGUCUGUAAUUCAAGUUUGCUUUCUCCACUCCCAC